GUUUUUUUUGUUGUAAUUUUAUUUCCCAUCCCCCUUUUUUCCUUCAAAGGGUGCCGUGGGUUUUCCUCUUUUAUUUUGUUCAAUGCGCAUAUAAACCUUUUUUUGUUGGUGUCGUAAGCAGCCGUUUCGUUGCGCUUUGUUUCGCUUUUUCUUUCUUUCUUCAUUUUGCUUUAUAUAUUUUCCCAGCUUUUUUAUACUUUUGCUUGUCGGACUAUUUUUUUCGUUGAAUUCAAGCAACCCAUUUUUGCUUUAUUAUUUCCAAACCUCAACGCGCUGAAGAGAAAACAGAUACAUUGGGUGGCAACUUGGAUACAUAGCAUGUAUUUUAAUUACCGUUCAACUACCAUUCUUGCAUACAAAUAAACACAUAUCCAAUGGCUAUUUUGUACACGCAGAAUAAACAACAGUUGGAGCUGCGAUCAAAAUGCACAUGCACGGAGCGGCAGGCAGCAAACUCGCUGGGAGACGACCAGCUGGUGGAACAGCGCGACGAAAGUUACAGUGGGGCAAUCAGCAAGUACUGGGAAUUAAUAGAGUGGCUGAGCCGCACAGAGGACUCGCAGUUAUGCUGGAUGCAAGUAUGCGUCCAUUAUGCGCCCUCCACAGACGGUCAGCCCCUGUACAUAUGGAGCGUGCGCGACAUCUCGGGCCCCUCCCGGUGCCUGGAAACCACGAAGGAUGAAUAUACGUUGUCGCUGGAGGAGGACGGGUUUCCGUAUUCGCCGCUGCUGGAGCCCCAGCGGGGCAUGCGCGACGAGAUGGCUGGGCUGCUGCAGUCGGCCGUGGACUCGGGCCUUUUUGCUGUGCUUCAUUUGACAGGGUUUGGCGCCGUUGACGCCGUGUUUCCCAGGCGGCUGCUGGGAUGGCGGGAGGCCGAUCUGCUUGAUCGGUCGUUUAUUGGGAUGUUGAGCCCCGAGGACAGCGUGUUCUUUUGUAAGGUACUUCGCCGCUGUCUAAACGACGGAAUCCCGCAGCGGGUUGUUCUCAAAGUGGCCAGUGCACCCGAGUGUCUUGGCUCUGCUGGCAUUUCUGGCUGUGCUGGACGGGCCGCUGUGAGGUAUAUUGAUUGUGACGUCACAGUUCUCGUGCCUGAGUGCGUGCAGCAGCCCGUGCUGAUAGUGCGCGCGGCAGCAACAGCUGAUGCCAAUUUGCAGCAGCCAAAAAUAUUUAAUUUAGCUGCCAAUGCCGAUACUACCUUUGUGUGGAGCAAAGACGGGGACGAGCUCGACCACGAGCACGAGUACAACAGGCAGCGCCUAAGGCGCGUGCAUCUCCUGGAUUGGCCACCGAGUGCGCCACUGGGCAAUGGGCAAGAUGUGGCUCAGCCUGGCUCUCCAUCGGAUGCGAGCAUUCCGGCAUUCCCGGCGCAGUCAUCGGACGGAGACUGUGGAGAGCGCGGUAUUCCGAUAUUGCAGACUUUACCUGGCUUGAAAGAGGGCAGCCAGGCUGGCUUGUAUGGCAGCUGCGGCGGAAUAGCCAUAAUGCCGGUUGAUUCACAGAUGACCCAGGUGCCGCUGCUGCCGGAAUUGCAGAUAAUAGAGGCGACAGAUUUGGCAAUAAAGCCACUGUCGUUGUCGCUGCCGCUGCCUCUGCCGCUGCCUCUGCCGCUGUCGCAGGAGACUGAAGCUGAGUGCGCAAGUAUUAGCAUCUCGAUGAGUGACAUUUUUGCGUGCUCACCAAAGCAGCAGUCAAAGCCAGGCGCUGUGCACCGAGUCGACAACAUGUUCAGCCCAGUGUUGGAUCAGCUCAGCAUAGUUACACUCCAACCAACGCCGUUUUAAACAAUUGAACAUGUGCUAUUAUCGCCAUGGCUUCCGUUCUCAUUCUCAUACUUGUAACUAAUACCAUAUUUUAUAACCAAAAAUAUAAAAAAUAAAAGAAAA